AUGGAAGAAAGUGACGAAAUCACAGCUCCAUUCAUACCCAACUCGGAACAGCACCGAAACAAUGCCACCAGUUCUCAGUCUUCACCUCCGUUACCGUACGAACCCUCCGACGAUGAGAACUCUCCGAUCGAGCAAGUGGCCCUCACCGUACCGGUAACCGACGACCCAACCCUUCCGAGAACCUCUCUCAAUUACAUCGAUCUCGGCUCAAAUCGCUGUGGUUCCACUGGGACACCUCAUGGCAUCGAAGAUCACGAAGAGAGUGUUCUUCGAGGGUCAAAGAUGGGAAUUCACAUUGAAUCCCGGGCCUUUCAAUGUGAAGGAGCACGUGCUGAUCACGAUAUUCGCGAACUGUGGCGCCGGAAAUCCAUACUCGAUUCACAUAGUGUUGGGCUUUGGGUGGGCUGGGAUUUUCCGGCGGUACUUGGUGGAGCCGGCGGCGAUGUGGUGGCCUCAGGACCUAGUUCAGGUCUCGCUAUUCAGUCUGGAUUCCAUUUUCAUCUGUAUCAAAUAAAUCAUGAAAUUGGCAGGGCAUUACAUGAGACAGAGGAGAGGCCUAAAGAUGGAUUGACCCGAAACCAGUUCUUCCUCAUUGCUUUCAUAUGCAGCUUUGCUUACUAUGUCUUUCCAGGAUACCUCUUUCCAAUGCUAACUUCCCUUUCCUGGCUAUGUUGGAUAUUCCCUACAUCUGUUCUAGUCCAACAGCUAGGAUCAGGACUUCAUGGUCUUGGGAUUGGUGCCAUUGGAUUUGAUUGGUCCAGUAUAUCCUCUUACAUUGGGAGUCCACUUGCCAGUCCAUGGUUUGCUACUGUCAAUGUUGCUGUUGGUUUUGUACUUAUCAUGUAUGUCAUUACACCAAUUGCAUACUGGAGCAAUAUCUACAAAGCGAAGACCUUUCCCAUAUUUUCGGAUGACCUCUUCACCUCUAGUGGCCAAAAGUACAAUAUCUCAUCCAUUCUAGACCCAAACUUCCACAUUGAUUUAGAUGCAUAUGAGCUUGAGGGCCGUCUUUAUCUGAGCACAUUUUUUGCUAUGACCUAUGCUGUCAGUUUUGCCUGCCUCACUGCCACGAUUGUCCACGUCUUCCUCUUCCAUGGCAGAGAAUUAUGGCAGCAAAGCAAAUCCGCCUUCCAAGAGAACAAGAUGGAUGUGCACACAAAACUGAUGAGAAAAUACAAGCAAGUUCCUGAGUGGUGGUUCACAUGCAUUCUCUUGAUAAACAUUUCUGCAACAAUAUUUACAUGUCAGUACUACAAUGAUCAGCUUCAGUUACCAUGGUGGGGCGUUUUGCUGGCAUGUGGCCUUGCUUUAUUGUUCACCCUUCCAAUUGGAGUCAUCACUGCCACAACAAACCAGAUGCCAGGCUUGAAUGUGAUUACGGAGUACAUUAUUGGGUAUUUGUAUCCAGGAUACCCAGUUGCUAAUAUGUGCUUCAAGGUAUAUGGAUAUAUCAGUAUGAAACAAGGGAUCACCUUUCUGCAAGACUUCAAACUUGGUCACUACAUGAAGAUCCCCCCUCGAGCAAUGUUCAUGGCUCAGGUAGUUGGUACUCUAAUAUCAGCACUGGUGCAUAUAGGAACAGCAUGGUGGCUCAUGGAUACCAUCCCAGACAUAUGUGAUAGGGCCCUUUUGCCUCCUGCUAGCCCAUGGACCUGCCCAGGUGACCACGUCUUCUAUGAUGCUUCGGUUAUCUGGGGCCUGAUUGGGCCCCGUAGAAUUUUUGGAGAUCUUGGUUACUACUCUGCCAUCAACUGGUUUUUCUUAUUUGGGGCUGUAGUUCCUCUACUUGUUUGGCUGGCACAUAAGGCUUUCCCAAACCAGCAUUGGAUUAGACUUAUUACAGCUCCUGUACUCUUAGGUGCAACCAUUAAUAUGCCUCCUGCUACUGCUGUCAACUACACCAGCUGGAUCUUUAUUGGUUUUAUGUCAGGCUUUGUUGCUUAUAGAUAUUAUCGCAAUUGGUGGAGUCGUCACAAUUAUGCACUAUCUGGGGCGCUCGAUGCUGGUUUAGCCUUUAUGGGGGUAUUACUCUAUUUGUGUUUGGGAAUGGAGCAAGUUAGCCUUGACUGGUGGGGAAGCCACACAGAUGGAUGCCCGUUGGCUUCUUGCCCAACUGCCGAAGGGAUUGUUGUUGAAGGAUGUCCAGUGAAUGGUUGAAGGAUACGCGUAUUUUAAGUCAAGGGUGAUGAAUGUUGCCUAAGUUUUAUUAUUUUUCCGGUUGAUUCUUUAAUGAAUACAUUUACAUGGAGAUAAUUCAUUGUAAAUGUAUCGUGUAAUCUAUUUUACGACUUGUAAUAGUCUUUUCAGCUUUGUUGGGUAUACAACAUUGAUAACAUUAUGCAAAUUUUCUUGAACUUGUGGCUGUUACGUAGACUCAGAAUGCGCAUGUUGUUACGUGAACUCAAAGUAUUUACAAUCAUCCAAAUAUAAUGUGUAGAGAAUCAAACAAUACGUUUCUUAU